GUGCUCUCCGACCGCGGCCGGCGCCAGCGCCACGACGAGCUCGAGGCGCUCGAGCGGCGCGGGCCCACCGCGGGCGCCGGCGGCCGGCCGCCCCGGCUCGGCAGCCUGGCGCUGCGCCGGCCCACGCUGCAGUCCAGCACGCGCGCGGGCGGCGGCGAGAGCGGCCGCGCCGUGGACGGCAACGCGGACCCGAGGUGGAGCGCCGGGUCCUGCACCCACACCUCGCCGGCUGGGGAGACGCAGCCGUGGUGGGCGGUGGACGUCGGAGCAGCGGCGCGCGUGGGCCGCGUGCGGCUGCGGAACAGGGCGGAGGCCUCGGAGAGGCUGCACCACUGGCAGGUGCGCGUUGGCGACAGCGCGGCGCGCCUGGACGUGCCGUGCGGCCCGGUGCACGAGGCGGCGGUGUCGCCCGGCGCUUGGGCAGAGGCCGACUGCGGCGGCAGACAGGCACGCUGGAUCGGCGUGGUGCUGGACUACCCGGGCUCCAUCCUGACCCUGUGCGAGGUGGAGGUCUUCGAGCAUCAGGGAGCCCCCGGAGCUCACGCGGCCGCGGUGGCGCGGCGGUACGUGGAGGAGUUUUACCAGGCCCGCGCGCCGCCGUGGAGGGAGGAGCGCGCGCUCUACCUGCGGCGCGCCGCCCAGCUGUUCGAGGAGGCGCUCGAGCUGACGGGCGGGGCGGGCGCGGCCGGCCUGGAGGCCCUCUACGCCGAUGCGUCGGACCUGCCGCCGCCCCCCGGCCAGCAGGACGCGGCGUCCUCGGCGCCCCUCCUGCGGCUGCGGUCCCAGGUGCUCGAGAGGAUAGCAACCAGCGAAGACUGCAUCCAGAGGCCCGCGACCUGCUGCGGGCCGGCGCUGACGCGGUCGGCCGGCGGCUGCCUGUCCAUGGCCCUGGCGCUCGCGAAGAUGGCCGGGGACCUCGGGCGCCCCGCCCG